AUCUUCGGAAAAUCCAACACUCUAUACUUUGAUUAUGCCGCCGAUAUUCCUCCAUUCUUCUCGUCUCCUGCUGCUAAUCAGCUUAAAGCAAAAACCAAUCAUAUAAAAUGCAACCGCCCUGCUCGCAUGAUCCUUUCUCCAACGCCAUGGCUAAUUGGGUCGAGCUCCUUUCUUAAUGAGGUAUUUGUGCAUAUGAGAGAUGCUCCCUUCCCUUUAAUUCCGAUCGCGAGUCUGCACUUUCCAUUCCCUCCCCUGUUUCCAUGGCUGCCUGUUACUUGGCACUAUCGCUCUCUCCUUCUUUCAGCAAGACCCACCAUCUCGCUUUCUUGCCGAAACCACUGACCCACCAAAACCCUCGUCGGGUUAUUCAACAGAGCCAGAGGCGGACCCUUCUGGAGUCGAAGAGGUCUACUUUGGAAAGUCGUAUUCUUCUUUCUACUGCACUCGGGGCUUAUUCCUCGCGUGGGUUCAUCGACCCGUCUGCUGAUGACGAAGCAAUUCUGCCGGCGGUUGAGGAAAAGCCGAUUAAGUUUCUUAUUUGGGUCGCGGUUUGGGCUUCCCUUUCGCUUGUUUGGUUCGCGUCUUCCGGGGAUGCGAAAGCGGCCGCCGAUUCUUCCAUCAAAGCUUCCAGCUUUGGUCUGAGAAUCGCUAAUGCGCUUCGAGGCUCCGGCUGGCCGGACGAGGCCGUGGUUUUCGCUCUCGCUACCCUUCCUGUGAUUGAGCUUCGUGGGGCUAUUCCAGUCGGUUACUGGCUCCAACUCAAGCCCGUAGCGCUCACCGUUUUAGCCGUAAUUGGGAACAUGGUCCCAGUGCCUUUCAUCAUACUAUACAUGAAGAAGUUUGCUUCUUUCCUUGCUGGAAAGAACCGGACAGCAUCUCGAUUCCUCGAGAUGCUGUUCAAGAAUGCCAAGGAGAAAGCUGGCCCCGUUGAAGAGUUUCAAUGGCUUGGUCUGAUGCUGUUUGUGGCUGUACCUUUCCCUGGAACAGGAGCAUGGACAGGUGCCAUUAUAGCUUCCAUUCUCGACAUGCCUUUCUGGCCAGCCGCAUCAGCUAACUUCUUCGGUGUGGUGUUGGCCGCGCUGCUGGUGAACUUGCUGGUGAAUCUGGGACUCAAGUAUGCCAUUGUCACUGGUAUCGCCCUCUUCAUUGUAUCUAGUUUCAUGUGGAGCAUACUUAGGAAAGUUAGGAAGUCUUUCAGCUCCCUCUAAACUGAACAUCAUUCAUUCGCUCUGGUCAUAGGGACAAAAAUUUAAUUUUAAUGAAUGAGUGACGACGAGGUCACUUCGAGCAAGU